AGAGAUAAGGAGCAUAUUGAAUAAGGGGAGGGUGCAAGGUACCAAGAUAGUAGGGAAAUAAAGAGGGGGUGAAGCAGGAGGAGAAAAGCAAAGAAAUCAAACUGGGAGGCAGAUGCACUAAGACAUAGGAGCUGUCACGGGAUUGAUAGGGACAGGCUGGGGAGGGGAUGGGAGAAGCUCACUGUUCCAGCAGGAACAUCCCAUAGUUUUAUCAGCCUCGCAGAUCUCUCUGAAAAAGACGCGGAGAGGGAGAACUAGAGGCUGUAGAGUGUGCGGAUGAGGAACCGGCUGUCUGUGAGCGGCGCACUCGGGAGAUGAAGGGAUAAGCAGAGACACAAUGCCGGGAAUCCUCUGGAGAUCGCUGCUAAUCCUGCAGGCGAGCGCUGUCAUCUACACGGCAGCACAGUUCAGUCCAGCUAAGACAUAUGAAGAUUGGUGGGCCUACAAGGAAGCUGUGCAAGGCAGCUUUGUGCCAGGUCCCGCAUUCUGGGGUCUGGUUAACUCUGCUUGGAAUCUGUGCACCAUUGGCAAGCGGCAGUCUCCUAUUAACAUUAACACCAGCCAAAUCAUCUUCGACCCCUUCCUACCUCCUCUCAGACUGAGCAUGACCGGAACUACGGUCAGUGGGACAAUGUAUAACACAGGGCGCCACGUUUCUCUCCGUCUGGACCAAGAACAGCCAGUGAAUAUUUCCGGUGGCCCCCUUUUAUAUAACCAUCGUCUUGAAGAGGUGAUGUUUCAUUUUGGCAGUGAAAAUUCCAUCGGCUCAGAGCAUCUGAUGAAUAAAGAGGCCUCAGCUGGGGAGGUGCAGCUGAUUCAUUAUAACCAGGAUUUGUACAGUAAUAUCACAGAAGCAUCCCGCAACCCCAAUGGCCUGGCUGUAAUCUCUUUAUUCUUGAAUGUGGCAGACAACUCCAAUUCAUUUCUCAACAGGAUGUUGAACAGAGAAACCAUCACAAGGAUAUCUUUUAGAAAUGAAGCCACUCACAUUCAAGAUCUAUCCAUUGAAGACCUGUAUCCAGAGACCUUUGGGUUUUUGACAUACCAGGGAUCUAUGACCAUUCCUCCUUGCUACGAGACUGUUACUUGGAUUAUAAUCGACAGGCCCCUAAACAUCACCUCAAUGCAGAUGCACUCUUUACGUCUACUGAGCCAGAACCAGCCGUCUCAGAUAUUUCAGAGCAUGAGUGACAACUUCCGUCCAAUUCAGCCACUUUUCCACCGAGGUCUGAGAGGGAAUCUUGACUUUCGAAAACCAGGCCGCAAAUGCAAAGGAGCCAACUAUAAACUUCACAUUGACAGGCCUACGUCUUCCACCACAAACUAAUACAAACCCAGCAGUCGCCUCUGUCCAUCCUACAAAAACCUAAAUGAGCUAUGUGGAGUGAAUGAAAACUGGGCAUCUGGGUUACUUGAACUGUAAGCUCAUCUUUUCAAUAGGAACUUUUUACAAAUUUUGCAAAUAAUUGGGAAAAAGACAUUUCUUUCACUUUAAGUACAAAGUGGGGUUAGUAUGUUGUGUAUUAUUCAUAAAGAGCCACAUUUUAAAUUAUUAUAGCCGUACUGGAAAUUUUUAUCUCCAUUUUAUACAAAGGCUUUGAAUCUUAUCCACCAAGAGAAGAACCAGAUCCCAUCCAUUGAGGAGUUUGGGGCUGCUAGGACUUGUACCCAAAAACAACAGAGGUAUAGAUAACUGACCUCUCUGCCUUAUAAACCCAGGCUGGACUCUAAAUACAACAGAACACUGCCUUUCCUUUAAAAGACAAAUGGAAGUAAAUCUACAAAGUAAUAAAGGUCUGUUGGAAUGUG